UCUGGGUGACCGAAGUUUUGGUCCGCCGGUGCUCCAUCUUGCACUGUUUGCUUCUAAAUAAAGCUGCCGUUGAUACGUGUUGUGUCUCUUAAUGGUGCAUCACCUUGUACAAGUAGAAGAUCAAAGAACUCCUCGUCAAAGAAAAGGAAUAAGCGACUAACCAGUGAAAAUGCCGCAGAAGCUGGAUUCACCGCUCCGAACGGUCGAAACAGACGAGUCUCCGCUCGUCAGCGUGCGCGACCGGUUCACGCUCGUCGUAUUCGGAGCCCCGAAAGUUGGUAAGACAACUAUCGUCCAACAGUUUCUAUAUGGAUCAGCGCCUGAGAAAUAUACUGCAACAAUAGAGGAAUUCCAUCAAGGCGAAAUGGAAUUCGAUGGCACUUCAGUAAUGCUGGACAUUAUCGACACCUCAGGAGCUAUGGAGUUCCCCGCUCAGCAGCAACUCAAUAUGCAGAAAGCGGACGCCUUCCUUUUGGUGUUCUCGUACAACAACCGAGAUUCAUUCGAGCAGAUCUGUCAGCUACGAGAAUCGAUAUUGAAGUUGAACCGAAAAGAGCCUAAGAUGGUCGUAGUCGGAAAUAAAGGUGACCUGCUCGAAGAGUCCCCGGAGCGAUGCGCUAUCACCCGUGAGCUCGCCGAGUCCCUUGCUGUUCUCGACUGGGAGGUUGGAUUCGUACAUUGCUGGGCUCGUGAAAACCGUUGCAUCGUGGAUAUAUUUAAUCGGCUGUUAACACUUUGCGGGGUGCCUUACGAGCUACCCGAGAAGCCUAAGAAGUCAAAACAACGCAAGAGUUCGAUACCGACUUUCGUCGCGAGUCCUUCUGAUCCGAAGAUCGCUGGCCGUAGACACAACUCUUGUAACAUCUCCUAAUCAAAAUUAACCUAUAUGAAUUCGUUACGCUCUGGAUUCGUCGAGAUACUCUCAUACACAAUCUGUGCUGACGGCUAACCUUACAUCGUGCGCCAGCCCGAUGUUCCGACGAUUCGUCCUAGUCUUAAAGUCAAGAGGCUAGCCGUCUCUAAUAAGGAACAUUUAGAAAAGAUCCAGUGACGCUGUGAAUGGAACAUUAUACCGCCCAAGGCGGUUUUCAUAGGCAAAAUUUAAGGCCGACGGAGCUUUGUCUGUGUUCCGUGCGGCAAAAUGGGACAGCUGUAUUGAUGUGUGACCACGGAAAUGUAAGCGUAUUUAGGAAAACACUAAGAAGGACUAUGGACUAAAAAUAGACACGAUCCACUGGCCCUAUAGUCCAUCAUUGAAGGUCUGUCACUACCAGAAAAUGACUUUUAUUAGUCACGCCUUUAAUAUUGUAAGACGAGAAAGUCUAUACUAAUGGUGGCCGUGAAUAGCCAGGCUACUUUGCCAAAAAUACAAAAAAGAGGCCUUCAGCACAUAUAUGUACACCUUUAUUAAAUAAUUUAUUCAAUUACAUCGUAUUUGAAUAUUACGCAUCUGCCUGCUGAUAUUUUUGUAUUUGUUUUAAGCGCACACUUUUUUGAAGGUUUUUUAUUUACAAUUCUAAUUAACAAAUGGCCUGAUUCGAAAUAUUCUGUAGUGCCACAUAUUGUCGGUUCGUUUUUCACUUAUGUUCGAGCGUAAUGGAAAUAACAAAAAUGUAUUUUUUUAGACCUGAGCUUUUCUGUUUGAGGCCAUUUAAGGCGUAUACCAAACAAUAGAUCGGAUUGUAGUAGAUACUCUGUGAUUAGUGGCUCUUGAUAUAGCAGGUACAAACUAGUAGCUGAUUAGAUGUCUAAUUGAGAUAGAACUGAUGCACUUGGUACUUCUCAGCCACGUGUAUCCACUGCCGUUCAAUGCCAUAAAAUAGACUGUAUAUUAAUAUAUAAAAACCUCAACACUUUAUAUAUCUAGGAAAAUAUAUUGUAAAGCCAUCAUACUGAAGAAAUUAAAGCCCCUGACGCUCGUUCAGCACGGUAAACAAGCUGGUUCUUCGGUCGGGUUUCAAAAAAAGUCUACGAAGCGCAGCUUAAUAUAUGCGUACAUGCUUUUAAUUAAUCAGGUGCAGAUCGACUAUGUCAAACGGAAAAAAAGGUGACAGGGGAGCAUUUGUCGGUACACAUUUGCAUUGUGAUGCACCGCGCGUGAUGUAACAAAAUGUGAUGAUCUCUAUAUAUAUAUAUAUAUAUAUAUAUGUGUGUGUGUGUCUCUGUGCCUGUGGUUGGAUAUGUAUAGAGAGAGAGAAAGAGAGAGAGAGAGAGAGAGAGAGAGAGAGAGAGGAAGAACAUACUAUAUUGACAUACAUUUAUUGUCCUAUCCGGCCAAAAGUACUCACAGAAUAAUAUACGCAAAAAACUCUAAUGUGUAAAAUAUAGUGUUAAAUUGUAGAUCAGUUGUGACAAUAAAGAAGGACAAUUUACUGGUGAUACUAAAUCAGGAUGUCGAUCCACUCACAGCAAAUGCUGUAUGGGCAAAUACGAGAGAUGUAAAAUAAGUGAUUUUUUUGCGUUAAUAUAAAUAAAUCUGGGAUUGGCUGUCUUCACGACGUAAGUAUUACCUACGGUAAUCUCUGGAUGUGAAUGUCAUUACGCGAGGAUAAAGUGCUGUUUGUUAAUUCAAUGAGAACCAAGGUGAAAUCAUAAAGGUAGCGGCCAUGAUGGCGAUACUAAAGCGAAUAGGCUGCCUGCUUGGUAAGAUCCAGCAGUUUCUUUUUACUGGUAUCGAAACUACGCGUGGUCGCAUAACAGUACAUCACUAUCAUCACAGAUUGACCAAAAUUCAUUAUACUAAGUAAGCUAGCACCGAAGGCACUGACAAAGAAAAAGACGGUACGAUCAGCUAGAGCGAAUCAGAUAGGAAGUAUAUACCGAUAAAUUGAAUGAGCGGAUUCAAAAGAAGCAGAUCAAAUAAAGCACGGAUUUCUAAUUAUUAUAUACCGAUAUACUGUCGCUAGUU